ACGCCUUAUUGGCGUGCACCAAACGUGUACAUGGGUACAAUCUUCUUAGGGCAAAGUACGAGAGUAAAGCUGCGAAAGGGCUCAAGGACGUGUAGAAGUUUUUUCCAGAAGCUAGAUUUUAAAGCCGAGAACAAGAAUACAUGAGAACUCAGGAUUUGAACAGCAAGUUCACGUCUCCCACUGUUAGGCCCAGAUUUGUUCAGUUUUAUUACAGAACAUCAUUUAGUAUGUCAUCACAGUGGUACGGUUGAAAAGUGCCAAAUACAGUGUGGAAAAAUGUGAGCUUCAUUCAGUAUCGCGCUUGACAUAUCAUAUGUUAGAAAAGCGUCAGACUCAUGACUAACGCAUUAUUAUGGAUGAUGCUGUGGAUGAGCGGAACUUAGGUCGGAGCUCAUGGACUGGACUAGGCAUACAGCCUUACGGCUGCUACAGGAAAGCAAUAGGCCUUCAUAUUACAUUCCAUUCACAACACGAUCUGUUAUUCACGUGCAACAGCUAGUGAAAAAAUCUUGAUUCAUGAGAAUGUGACUGAUGGUGUUGAAACGGACAAAGUGCUCACCUGCGUAGAUAUAGAAAUAUCAUACGUGCUACUGAUUUCGAACUCGUGCAUCAUUCCUGCUGCUCACCUCAAGACGUGAUCAUACCUUGUCUUCAGAGCAGAACUGUCGCCCCUCCUCAGCUCUUACCGCUAGCAUACGCAACUCCAGUAUUAGCAUAAAACG